UCAAUCAAUUUAUCCCCAAAGUCCAUAAUCAAAGCAACCCUUGUUUAUGUCAUCCUUUUCCCUAACCUCUUGCCAACCACUACUGCAGUUUAUCAGAGAGGAGAUAACUUCAGUUCUUAUUCCUACCAUCUUCAAGUACGAGACCACUAUAUCAACAUGGUAAUCAAGAUUGGUAUCAAUGGCUUCGGUCGAAUUGGUCGCCUCGUUUGUCGUGCAUCGAUGGAACAUGAUAACGUAGAUGUGGUUGCUGUCAAUGAUCCUUUCAUUGAUCUGGACUACAUGGUAUACAUGUUUAAGUACGACUCGACCCACAACCGAUUCAAGGGUACAGUAGAGGCCAAAAACGGCAAGUUGGUCAUCAAUGGCAAAGAGAUCCUUGCCUACAUGGAGAAGGACCCAACCCAGAUCCCAUGGAAACAAAGUGGGGCUACAUUUGUGGUAGAAUCAACUGGUAUCUUUACCACAACCGACAUGGCCAGUAAACAUAUCAAAGGUGGUGCCGAGAAGGUUGUCAUCUCUGCCCCCUCUACUGAUGCACCCAUGUUCGUCAUGGGCGUCAAUGAAGACAAGUACGACCCAGCGAAUAUGCACGUUGUCAGCAACGCUUCAUGCACCACAAAUUGCCUCGCGCCGCUAGCCAAGAUCAUCAAUGAUAAUUUCGGCAUUGAAGAAGGCCUGAUGACUACCGUCCAUGCCACCACUGCGACACAAAAGACCGUGGAUGCUCCAAGCCAGAAGAAAUGGCGUGAUGGUCGCGGCGCCAGUCAGAACAUCAUACCGGCUUCGACCGGUGCGGCCAAGGCUGUUGGCAAGGUCAUCCCCGAGUUGAAUGGUAAACUGACCGGUUUGGCGUUCAGAGUUCCCGUGCCUGAUGUGUCCGUUGUGGACCUGACCGUCAGGUUGAAGAAAUCAGCGACGUAUGAGGAAAUCAAGGGGACUGUCAAGGCCGCUUCAGCGAACCCAAAGCUGAGGAAAUUCAUCGGCUACACUGAAGACGAAGUGGUCUCAACUGACUUCAUCGGAGACACCCACAGUAGUAUAUUCGAUGCAAACGCCGGCAUUGCCCUGAGCCCAAACUUCGUCAAGCUGAUUUCUUGGUAUGAUAAUGAGAUGGGAUACAGUCACAGGGUUGUGGACCUCAUCAAGUACAUGGCAAGCAAGUAGUAAAAGAAGAUAGAUCACCGUAUUGAAGUCAGCUACCCUGAACAAAGAGUAAACUAUAUAAUGUCCCAAUUCUACUCGAUCCGGGAUCCGCAACCGCCUGUAGCCUACAGAGGAAUUGAACCAGGUUUACUCAAUAGGAAUGGACCAGAUCGCCGUAUUGCCUCAAUUUGAAGGAUUUGAGAACACCUAUAUACUGUGUAAACGCAAUUAAGCCGGUUUAGGGCGCCAGUACAAAAGCCUUUUUACAUGAAAAAGUCUUGUGUCUAAACAGAGGCGGCUCUACCGGUUCAAUAGCGUCAUCUGCUACAUUUGUAUCCGCACAGCCAAAUAUCUAGGAUUAUGAGAAUAUAAACGACAUCUUGCCAUUAAACUUAA